AUGGCUCGGACGCAGCCGCCGCCGCCGCCGCCCGGCCGGGCCUUCACCGGGCCGGGCAGGAAUCCCAGGGGACCCGUCCUGAACCUUCUUAACGCCUUCCCAGACCCCCAGACUCCUAGUCGCCCUGGCCUUGGCCUGCACAGCUGCUGCUCCACAGACACGCCCCAGCUGAAGGGCCAGCCACCUGCAGGGCCCACUCCCACGCCACAGCCUCCGCGCAGCCCACCCGCUCCGGCCCGCUGCUCCCGCACCGUCACCCGGGCCGCGCCCGGGCGGGAGGGACGGGGGAGGGGCCGCCGCGCGCGUGAAUGGAGGCGCGGGCGGGGCGCGGAGCGGCGGCGGGAGAGGCGGGAAGGCGGGGACGAGGGGGGCGCGGGGUAUAAACGCGCGGCUGCCGAGGCGGGAGCGAGCAGAGCAGCCUCGGAGCCCAGCCAAGCCGCCCUCCGGCCUCCAGCCGAGUCCCUUCCUGAGCUCCGCCCGCGCAUCUCCCGCGGGUGGCUGCGAGGAAGGUCCCGGCGUCCGUCCCGAAGCGCAAUCCUGGAGGGCGGCGGGGAGGAGGAGGGCGGUGAGGCCCUGCACGCCGUGGCGACGGCGGCGCCCAAUGAGUCCUGGUGGGCGCCGGGCAACGCGUCGGGCUGCCCGGGCUGCGGCGCCAACGCCUCGGACGGCCUGGCCCCCGCGCCGCGGCCCGUGGACGCCUGGCUCGUGCCUCUUUUCUUCGCCGCCCUGAUGUGUCUCGGCCUGGCGGGGAACUCGCUGGUCAUCUACGUCAUCUGCCGCCACAAGCAGAUGCGGACGGUGACCAACUUCUACAUUGCCAACCUGGCGGUCACGGACGUCACCUUCCUGCUGUGCUGCGUGCCCUUCACAGCGCUGCUGUACCCGCUGCCCGCCUGGGUGCUGGGCGACUUCAUGUGCAAGUUCGUCAACUACAUUCAACAGGUGUCCGUGCAGGCCACGUGCGCCACUCUGACGGUCAUGAGCGUGGACCGCUGGUACGUGACAGUGUUCCCGCUGCGCGCCCUGCACCGCCGCACGCCCCGCCUGGCGCUGGCCGUCAGCCUCAGCAUCUGGGCUGGCUCUGCGGCCGUGUCUGCGCCGGUGCUGGCCCUGCACCGCCUGUCGCCGGGGCCGCGCACCUACUGCAGCGAGGCCUUCCCCAGCCGCGCCCUCGAGCGCGCCUUCGCGCUCUACAACCUGCUGGCGCUCUACCUGCUCCCGCUGCUCGCCACCUGCGCCUGCUACGGGGCCAUGCUGCGCCACCUGGGCCGGGCCGCCGUGCGCCCCGCGCCCGCCGACAGUACGCUCCAGGGGCAGCUGCUGGCCGAGCGCGCGGGCGCCGUGCGUGCCAAGGUCUCGCGGCUGGUGGCGGCCGUGGUCCUGCUCUUCGCCGCCUGCUGGGGCCCCAUCCAGCUGUUCCUGGUGCUGCAGGCGCUGGGCCCGGCGGGCGCCUGGCACCCCCGCAGCUACGCUGCCUACGCGCUCAAGACCUGGGCGCACUGCAUGUCCUACAGCAACUCGGCGCUCAACCCGCUGCUCUACGCCUUCCUGGGCUCCCACUUCAGACAGGCCUUCCGCCGCGUCUGCCCCUGCGCGCCUCGGCGCCCCCGCCGGCCCCGCCGGUCCGGGCCCCCCGACUCCGCCGCCCCCCACGCCGAGCUGCACAGCCUGGCCGCGCACCCGGCCCCCGCCAGGACGCCGAAGCCCAGAAGCAACGGGCCGGCAGCGCGCAGGCUGUGUGUCGUGGGGGAGCACACUGCCCCUCUCUGAGCCAAGCUCCGAGGGCAUCCAGAUGGGCCUGUCUGCAGCAGGGGCUACUAGAACAACAGCCCUUCUCUGUUCUCAGUAUUUGUAUUGUUGUCCAAGAUAAUCAGUGAAAAUAUUUUAUCCUCUUGUGCCGUUUGGUGCAGGUUUGCUGUAAUGUUUGCUAUUGAUAUUGUAAUUCUUAUUUCUGUAUUUCCUGAAAUUAAAGGUGUAUUAAUACGGGGACUUUCGGGAUCUUUCCAGGAAGUGUCAGACGUCUUCACACACUAAUCUUGUGCUUGGCUGUAAGUUUGUAAGAUCCAUCCCACUUUCAGAGAUAUUAAAAUGUAGAAACA